AUGGUGCUUACUGGCACCAGUCCUGCUUUGAUCAAGACUCUUAUCACUCGGUUAUCCAAAGAAUUUGCAAUGAAAGAUUUGGGUUCUCUACACUAUUUUCUUGGUGUUGAAGUCCAACAUAACUCUCAAGGCUUAUUUCUUAGCCAAACCAAGUAUGCUCUUGAUUUACUACAACGUGUUGACAUGAUUGAGGCCAAACCCAUUUCUACUCCUUUUGUUGUUGAUCAUUUUCGAGCACUCAAACGCAUAUUGCGUUAUGUUAAAGGCACAGUCCAUCAUGGUCUUCAACUUCACUGCACCUCCUCUCAUGAGUUGCUUGCUUAUUCUGACACUGAUUGGGCUGGUUGUCCUGAUACACAACAAUCUACCAGUGGCUAUCUUAUAUUCUUUGGCCCUAAUCUUGUCUCUUGGUGCUCUAAGAAACAAUCUACUAUUUCUCGCUCUAGUGCUGAAGCUGAGUAUAGAUCCUUAGCCAUUACUACUGCUGAAGUUGCUUAG